UUCCCUCCCAGCCCGGGAGCGCCGCUGGCUCAGGACGGAGAUCUGGCCGUGGGUCCUUCCGCGCGGCCGCUUCGGCUCACCUGGGCGCCAGCUCCCAGUCCCGCUCCUCGUCCCCCCAACUCCUCCCAGACCAGCCGGUCCCUGGGGGAGCCGCGGCCACCCCCGCGCCCGGGGGUCGUUCCCUCGCCUCCUCCGGGUGGCAGGAAGGAAGAGGGGGCGGCAGCCGGAGUCGGGGCGGGCGGCCUGAGGUGAGAGCCCGGCCGGCCCCGCUGGGAAUAUGGCGACCGGUGGCUACCGGACCAGCGGCGGCAGCACCACAGACUUCCUGGAGGAGUGGAAGGCGAAGCGCGAGAAGAUGCGCGCCAAGCAGAAUCCCCCGGGCCCGGCCGCCCCCGGUGGGGGCACGGGCGACGCGGCCGGGAAGCUCCCGCCGGGGCCCAUGGGUACUUCGGCUGCCGCUGCGGCCAACGAGCUGAACAACAACCUCCCGGGCGGCGCUGCCGCACCUGCCGCCCCCGGCCCCGGGGGCGUGAACUGCGCCGUGGGCCCUGCGCAGCUGAGUCGCGCCGCCCCCGGCCCGCGGCGCCCGGAGGAUGAGUCCCCCGCCGCCGCCGCCGCCGCCGCUUCGGGGGCAGCACCCGCACGGGACGGUGAGGAGGAGCGGGACGGCGCCCCGGAGAAGGGCAAGAGCUCGGGCCCCAGCGCCAGGAAAGGCAAGGGGCAGAUCGAGAAGAGGAAGCUGCGGGAGAAGCGGCGCUCCACCGGCGUGGUCAACAUCCCUGCCGCAGAGUGCUUAGAUGAAUAUGAAGAUGAUGAAGCUGGGCAGAAAGAGCGGAAACGAGAAGAUGCAAUUACACAACAGAACACGAUGCAAAAUGAGGCUGUAAGCUUAUUAGAUACAGGAAGUUCCUAUCUGUUACAAGAGCCAUCUAGAACAGUUUCAGGCAGAUACAAAAGCACAACCACUGCCUCUGAAGAAGAUGUCUCAAGUAGAUUUCCCCGAACAGAUAGAAGUGGGUUCAGCAGGUAUAACAGGGAUGCAAAUGCUUCAGGUAAUUUGGUCUCAAGUAGCACAUUGGAAAAGAAAAUUGAAGAUCUUGAAAAGGAAGUGGUAAGAGAAAGGCAAGAAAACUUGAGACUUGUGAGACUAAUGCAAGAUAAAGAGGAAAUGAUUGGAAAACUCAAAGAAGAAAUUGAUUUGUUAAAUCGAGAUCUAGAUGACAUAGAAGAUGAAAAUGAACAACUAAAGCAGGAGAAUAAAACUCUUUUGAAAGUUGUUGGGCAGCUAACAAGGUAGAAGAUUCAAGGCUCAGUGUGGAAAAAUAUUUUAAAACUACUGAUUGAAUGUUAUGGUUAGCGCUAGGACAGUAUUCCUAUGCUGUAAUACAUUAAACUAACUGUAUAUUUAUUUCUAGAAAACAGUGGAUGUUUAUUUUCAAAAUAUUUCUUUUUCAUUAUCAGUUUCAAAAAGUAUCAGCCUUUUAUUUCACAAAUAAGUAACAUCAUUUAGUUAUUAAACUGCUAGGUUAUGCCUCUUUUGGUUUUGUGUGGUAUUCAAAUAAUAUAUGGUUUAAAGUUAGAACCAUCUGAAUAUAUUUCAUCAAUGGUAGUGCAUUUUCUCCCUAAAAGAAUAUAUAGUCUUUGUUUACAUGAAUUCAAAUACUUUUUAGGGAGUUACCUGCAAAUGCCUUAUUACUGAUGUGUGCAACCUUUUAUACGUUGAUUUACUCAUAAAGGUCUUUGUCUACUGUCAUUUGUUCUCUCAACUUAUUCUAAGCAAUUUAGAGGAACAUAGAGUCACACUCUUUUGUAUAACAGUCAUCUUUAAAAAGGAAAGCUAUUAUAAAAAGUCAGUUAAUAUCAUAUACUAGUUGGCUAAAUAUAAAAUUUAAGAGAAUACUUGAAUUAUGCUAUAGUAAAUUAAAAUGUACUAUUUUGUAUUCAAAUAUUGAAAUAAAUUUAAAAUCACUGACUUCAGAAAAACAUACAAUUGUAAUUUUAAUGUAAAAUUUCUUAUGUAGGUACUACUUUUUUAAAUUAUUAUUCCAAGGUUUAUAAGUGAACAUGGAGUAUUUUAAAAGUUGUUUAUUCAUCAAGCCUAGAGAGUGUAUACAAUUUCAGUGAAGAAGGAAAAAAAAUCCAUAUUUUUAAUUAUCAUAUGCAUUAAAAUCAAAACCAAAAUAUUUAUCCACAUUUAAAACAUUUGUACUUACUGUAACAAAACAGUACGUAAACAGAAAUAGUACUGAAAUAUUUUGCUUAAUUUCUAACUUGGAGGAUAACACUGUGACCCAGUUGUUCCCAUAUGAGAGAAUUAUUCCCCUACCUCAAAUUUAAGGGAUUUUCUUCCUAACAUUGGAUAUUUAAAAACAAUUAUUUUGAAGAAUUAUACAAAUUUUCUCUUUUAUUAAAUAACAAUAAUGUUUAGAAUUAUUUUAUAUUAUAUUCUCAUGUCGAGUAGGGAAACCUUCUCCUUUAAAAUACAUUAAGAAAUAUCUGUCUGAAGUUGAAUCUCAAACAGUAUACUGGUACCCUUUUAUCCAAUUAAUGUAUGUAAAUGGCUUGAACAUAGUAAAAACCCAUUUUGGGUAAGGGUAGUAACUCUUUUACGUGCUAAGCCACUUCAUUAUUCACUG